CUGUGGCGUGUCAAGAGGGCGCUCAAGAUGGAGCCCGAGAAGCAGAUCCGUGAGGCGCUCGACGUCGUCCACGGCUACGCCGACAGGAUCGUCCGGAGGUGCCGGGAGAGAAGGGAGGCCGCCGGGCCGGAGAGCAGGGGCGACUUCCUGGCGCACAUCGCCGCUCGCGACGACCUCGGCGACGAGAACCUCCGGGACGUCGUCACCAACCUCCUCCUCGCCGGGCGCGACACAACGUCGGCUGCGCUGACAUGGUUCUUCUGGCUGGUCUCCGGCCGGCCUGACGUCGAGAGCAAGAUCGUGGGCGAGAUCCGCAGAGUGCGCGGCGGAUCACCUUCGACGACGACGACGACCUUCACCUUCGACGAGCUCCGGGAGAUGCACUACAUCCAGGCCGCCAUCACCGAGUCGAUGCGGCUGUAACCGCCGGUGCCCUUGGGCAUGCACUGCUGCAAGCAGGACGACGUCCUGCCGGACGGCACGUUCGUCGGGAAAGGGUGGACGGUGAACCACUCCGUGUACGCGAUGUCACGGCUGGAGGAGCUGUGGGGCAAGGACUGCGAGGAGUUCAGGCCGGAACGGUGGCUCCGGGAGGACGGCACGUUCCAGCCAGAGAGCCCGUUCAGGUUCCCGGUGUUCCACGCGGGGCCAAGGAUGUGCCUCGGCAAGGAGCUGGCCUACAUCCAGAUGAAGUCCAUCGUCUCCUGCGCCUUCGAGAGGUUCAGCUUCCAGUACCAUGGCGGCGAGGAGCACCCUGGGCUGGACUACACCAUCACGCUAAGGAUGAAAGGCGGUUUGCCGAUGCAAGUGACCAAGCAGAGGCCGGGGCCAGAGGCAGAGGCAGGGUAAUUAAACUGUUGUACCUGUGCUACUACUAUUUUGCAUGUAACAUUCACAGCCUCCGAUGAAGGCACAUCCAUCUCGAGCCCAGUCUUUCGGUUGUUAUUGCUUUGUUAUUCUUAGAUAAUAAGAAAUAAAGAUAAAAUACGUGGGUGGUACUUGAA